AACAUUUUGAUUUAAAGGCUUUUGGAUUAUAGGAAGCAUGGAUUAUAUGGAGCUUGCUGGGACAAUGCUUGAACUGAUGAAAUGCAUAGGGGCUCCCACCUGCACAUACUUGGACAAUCAUCGAAAUCUUGAAGCAAAAUGUGAAAGAUCUCAGAAGAAGAUUGGAUGAUCUAAAUAUUCGGAAGCAAAAUAUUUAAUCAGUAAAUGAAGCCGAGAUUCGUUGUAGGAAAGUGGUGAAGAAAGAAGUGGAGAAAUGGCUUGAAGAUGUACAAAGGAUGAAUACCAAAAUGCAAAAGAUUGAACGAAAGUUGUCUGUCAUUUCAUACAUCUCACGUGCCCGCCUAGGCAAGCUUGUUUGCCAAAUGAUCGAAGAAGUGAAGAAAAUUUAUCACCAGGGCUGUUUCCCUGGGGGUGUGGCAAUUUAUGGACAGCCUGCCAAUGGGGUGACAUUGCCGACAACCAAUUUAGAAGGUGAAACUGAGGUCAAAGACCAAGUAUGGAGAUACUUGAUGGGUGAUGAGGUUGGAAUGAUUGGAGUACGUGGAAUGGGGGGCAUAGGGAAAACUACAAUCAUGAAGCAUAGCAACAAUCAAUUGUUGAAAGAGACUCUAUUCGAUAAAGUUAUUUGGAUCACUGUGUCAAAAGAAUUGAAUAUUCUCAAUCUACAAGGAGCUAUUGCACGUGCAAUGAAUCAAUUUCUUCCUGAAGAUGUAUUAGAAUGAGCAACUGCACUGAUUGAAAUCUUGAAAACAAAAAGAUAUUUAUUGAUAUUAGAUGAUGUCUGAGAACAGUUCUCUCUAUUAGAUGUUGGAAUUCCUGAACCAACAUUACAUGGAGGGAGCAAAUUGGUAUUGACUAGUAGAUAGACUGAGGUUUGUAGAUCCAUGGGAUGCACGGUGCUCAAAGUGCAACCACUUUCAAGGAGGAAUCAUUGAACUUAUUUUUGAACCAU